UCUGUACCUGCCAGGGAGGGGGGAAGGAAGCAGAGAAGAGCUGAUGCUUUAGUUUGUAUCUUCUGCAUAUAACUGUAUCAGCGAUGGAUGGAAGUGAAACGUCGCCAAACAUUGGUUUGCAUGAAUACUUAAUGCGAAGCAGUGUGUCUUCAGCUGGAGUGAGGUGUAUGUCUCUGGAUGUGAUUGUUUACCUAGUGAACGACGAGGUGAUACCACUUACAGUUGACGGCCUUUCUGUCAUCACAGCACAUGAAUUGCACAAGAUCAUUCGUCUUGUUCUUCAUCUACCUGAUGUCGCUCAGGAAGUCUUUGCGUUGUGGCUUGUCUCUCCCUUCCUAGAGGUACAACUAAAACCAAAGCACCAACCUUAUAAAGUUUGCAGACAGUGGCACGACCUGCUGGCUCGUUUUACAAAAUGUUCCGCUGAUGACAUUCAACAAGAUGAACCAGCCUUGCAGUUUAGGAGAAAUAUAUUCUUUCCCAAGGCUCGCGAAUAUCAGAUUUCUCACAGUGGCAUCCUACGUUUGCUUUAUGAGGAGGCAAAACACAAUGUUCUAGAGGGCAGGUACCCAUGUGAUGUUGAAGACUGUGAGAUUCUGGGCGGUCUGUCGUGUCGUCUAGAGCUGGGGCCAUAUAAUCAAGAUAAACACACAUUGUCUAUGUUCAAGCACAAUCUAGACUCCUUCCUCCCCCCUUAUAUAUGCAAGAGGAGGAGUUUGCUUACUGCUUUGAAAAACAAAGGAAGCCGUCAAUCGAGUUUUGAACAGUCUCUGAUGAACACAUACAAAGAGGUGACUGAGAGUAGUGCAUGUGCAGAGGAAGAGGCCAUCUUGAACCACUAUAAGGAGUAUCUGAAGAAGUGCCAUGAUCUCCCCUAUUAUGGAUGUGCCUUUUUUCAUGGUGAAAUUGACAAGCCAGCUCAAGGAUUCCUAAACCGGAGUGGAAGAAAAUGUGUAUCUGUAGCCAUCAACAUGGAAGGGGUGUCGGUUAUUGAUAGAAAAGAAAAGCAUGUCCUGAUAAGCCUGAAGUACACAGAAUUAUCCUGGGAUAACACCAAUCCAGAUGAAGACGAGCACACACUGUGGCUGGAAUUUGAUGGUGACAAUGAAGGAACAGCAGUCAAUAAGCUCUUAAAAGUUUACUCCAAGCAGGCAGAGCUAAUGAGCGGGCUGAUUGAAUAUUGUAUAGAACUCAGCCAAACAGAGUCACCCGUUUCUGACUCUGCUCCUGGCAACACACAACUUUCUGAGAAACGUGCCAAGCUCCGCAGACAGGAGAGUGUGUUGUGUAACCGUAUGAAACACCUGGCUACGAUAGAUUAUGUGGAUGAUGGUCAAGAGAUCAAACGUGUGAAACCAAAAAGGGCAUCUUCAUUUUUCACCCGACAAGCACCGCACAGUUACUCAUUUGUCCAGUCUUCUGAUACACCAACACAAAGUUGACCAUUGUCUAAAAUAAAUCCUUUACCUUAGCUUCAGUGACCAAAGAUAAGUGUGUUAGUUGGAUCCUAUAAAUCAAUGAUCUGGACCAACUCAAAACGGCACAAUCCCUGAUUGCAAUAGUUGGGUUUCUUAGUUGUUUCACUCUUUAUGACAGCACUUUGAAGAGCUAGGAUGUAGAGGUUCCAUAAUGUGUUUUUUUUUCUCAUUUCGUAUAUACAGAGAUCAUUUUUUUUCUUCUUCAGUGUAGGAUUUACAUUAUCCCUAAAAUUAACUUUAAAGGGAAUACAGAAUACUGGUAAAAAAAAACUCUGGAGAAGCUACAAUUUCUUCUCUUAUUUAAUACUGGAGAUUCAUAAUUUUGUAUUAUAAUUGGAAUGUUUUCAUAAAGCCAUAUAGAGAAGCAGUACUUGCUCAAAACUGCUAUUUUUCUUUUUUCUGGAAGUUCUAACUGGAUUGGAUUAUUUAAAGAAAAUUUUUCUUCAAACCACUGUACCAUGCGGAGCUAUAGUACAUAUUUUUUUUUCCUCCUGUUUAUUACAUGCCCAAUGAUUACAUUUUGUUUUACAUUUGAAUUUACAUUCCCUUCUCACAUUUAUUUUUUACGGUUAUCCAGCCUAAUACACGCAAACCUUGAUGAAACACUCCUAUUUGCAAAUGCUUUAAAUAGUCCUUACUCAUUUCCUAUUGGAUAAACUGUGGAAUGUUUAGGAUUCACAGUUACAGCUGUUGUGUACUGUGGAACUACAAUGCAGAUUGCAGAUAUAUGGUUGAGUGAUUAUUAGUAAUUGCAGCAUUUAAUUAAAUAACUGAAAUAUUUGAUGUGACACAACACUUUCAAAUAUGUCUUAUGUUUGUAUUUAUCUGUAAAUUUCUUCUCUUGGGGAUACAAUCUAUAUUAUUAUUUUUUUCUUAAAUGUUUAAUAUUGCAAGGCACCUGCAAAAAAUUAAGCACACUUGACCACUUAUUCAUUGGAAACUGUGCAGUGCCUUUUAAUUACAUAUGUAUGAGCUGCUAACACAUGCUUAUUCUUGCAUAUGUUAUGUAAAGAAUUUUGUGACUUGGAUGUGAUGGAGUAUUGACAUUUAUAAUGUUUAUAUUUAUGUGAUCUGUUUAUACUAUGAAUAUAAUUUGUACUAACAGCCUUUGCAACCAAUAAAGGGUUUGCACCAGA